UCCACAUCCCUGAACUGACAGUCCGAUAGAAUAGCAGUGCGCCAGCCGCAAAGCGUUCAGUCUGUGUUCGACAGUACCAAAGAGUAGUGCUGUAGAAAGGAUAUUUGUCGAGAAAAUGGCCCCAUUAAAAGAAAAACUUUUAACUACUGUGACAGAUCCGGUAUCAAGCGGUAGAAAUAAAGUCACAGUGGUCGGUGUCGGUCAAGUUGGAAUGGCCUGUGCUUUUAGCAUUUUGACGGACCAUGUUUCGAGUGACGUGGUAUUGGUCGAUGUGAUGGCGGACAAAUUGAAAGGAGAGAUGUUAGACUUGCAACAUGGCAGUGCAUUUCUAAAAAACGCAAAAGUGAGCGCCAGCACAGAGUACUCGUUGACUGCAAACUCGAGUCUCUGUAUCGUAACAGCGGGUGCUCGUCAACGCGAAGGCGAAAGCAGAUUAGAUUUGGUGCAACGUAACACUGAUAUCUUCAAAGGCAUUAUACCUCAGUUAGUCAAAUAUAGUCCGAACACAAUCCUUCUCAUUGUUUCCAACCCGGUGGAUAUUUUAACUUAUGUGGCAUGGAAACUCUCCGGCUUGCCAAAGAACAGAGUUAUUGGUAGCGGUACGAAUUUGGAUUCUGCCCGUUUUCGCUUUCUGUUAUCUCAAAAACUUAAUGUCGCACCUACGUCCUGCCACGGCUGGAUUAUCGGAGAACAUGGUGAUACUAGUGUGCCUGUAUGGUCUGGAGUUAAUGUUGCCGGAGUACGUUUACGUGAUUUGAAUGAGCACGUGGGUACGGGCAAAGACGAGGAAAAUUGGGAUGAGUUGCACAAGCAAGUAAUACAAAGCGCGUAUGAAGUGAUUAAGCUAAAAGGUUACACAUCGUGGGCUGUAGGUCUCAGUGUGUCGCAACUUGCAUCAGCUAUACUAAGAAAUUCCAAUCAAGUGCACGCUGUAUCCACGUUGGUUACUGGCCAUCAUGGAAUUAACGAAGAUGUGUUCUUAUCUUUACCUUGUAUAUUGGGUGAAGAUGGCGUCACGCACAUCGUUCAACAGAAGUUAACAGACGAUGAACUUGCAUCGUUACAUAAAUCUGCAGCGAUGAUGCACACAGUGCAAAAAGAUCUUAAAUUUUAGAAAUACAUUAUAUCUCUAUCUUUAUAUUUAUUUUUUAUUUUAUUAUAUUUGUGCAUGUUUUUGAUGAAUGUACAAUUUAUAAGUAUUCAGAUUCAAUUUAUAAGUAUUAAACUAAUUAGACAAUGCGAAUGCAGUAUUAUAUGCAGGUUUUAUAAAUAAUAAAAUCAUUUUUUUAAUAUUUACAAUUAUAUACAAUUAAUACAAUUAUAUACAAUUAAUGAUCGAUAUUCGGAAUGUGCUUAUAAAAAUGUUAACGCGCUUUUUGUUAUUUUAUCCUUGUUUUAUAUCUAAUGGAAGAUAAAGAUAAAAGUACGAAAAAACGCACUAAUAUUUUUAUAAGCAUAUUUUGAAUAUGAGUCAAUAUACAUUUCUCGUAUGUAUAUGUAUGUGAAGAAGCUAGGAAUACAUAAAGUGUUGUUUGCGGUGCUAUAUUUAAUUUCUAUUAUUAUAUUUAUAUUGCUUGAGAGAGAGAGAGAGAGAGAGAGAGAGAGAGAGAGAGAGAGAGAGAGAGAGAGAGAGAAACAUCUCUCAUUAUAAUUUAUUUCGAUAUUUAUUCUAUGACUGUAAUUUAUACCAUUAUACAUUUAAUAAAUUUGUCAUGUACUAUUGUGUGUGUAUGAAUAAAAAUAUGAUUUAAACCAA